AAAAAAAAACGAAAGGCAGUGGUUCCCUUUCAAAAUUUAGGAUAAAGUUUCUUUUAUUUUUUUUUUAUUUUAUUCGUAUAAAAAAGUUGUAACCCAUUUUUACUUUAUAAACUUUAUAAAAAUGCCGAUUCAAGAAGAGAAUGACAAUAUCUUUACUAAACAAGAAGAAAUUACUAAAGAAUUUCAACGAGACGACUCAACGUCUUCUCCUAUUUUAACUGAUGAUAUUGCCACUACUAUUAAUAAUUGUGAUAAUAUUAUUUCACGUUUCAGUUUAAUACCCCCUCCUUCAGAAAAAUUUCAACUUCCUAAAGAUUUAACAAAUAUUACGUCACCGGUUCUUCGUAGAAAACGUCCUCAAAAUUUGUACAACAAGGAUGUGAAUGUUAUUGAAACUGAAAAUGUUGAUGCUGUCGUUGAAUGUUCAACUGAUAAUAAUGAAGUUACUACUUCACUUGUUCUUAAAUCUCAUUCGGAUCUUGCAUUAACUAUAGAUAGGGUAACUACAGCUUCUCGUGCUGGUUUAGAUUUGGCUGGUAUUUUUACUGGUUUGGCCUUUGAAGCCGCAAAAUUAUCCACAAAAGCUAGUUUGGGAAUUGCAAAAACAAUUACUGGUGUAAUGUCUGAUAGAUUGGUUCAAACUAUGUCAAAUGAUGGUAGUGGAAGAAUUAUUGGUACAUCAACGAAUUUAUUACAUCGUACAUUAAAUUUAACAGAACAAAUAGCUUUGGCUGGUUUAGAAUUUACAUCUGAUACAAUACAAUUCGCUUUCGGUACCGCAAAUGAAUCAAUGACUCUCAUUGAUACAUUUUUUGGUACAACUGAUGCUGCAAAAGCUUUGGCUGAAUUUGUUCAAUUAGUAAAAAGGGAAUUUAAUAUAAGUUAUGAAAAAGAUGAUAAUUUAGAGGAUAAUCUUGGUGCUUUUGGAGCUUUUCGUGUGAUAAAAUCAUUAACAGCUUGGGCUUGUUUACAAUAUGUUACAACUAAUCGUAUGGAAAGAGGUUUCACAGGUUGGAAAAGGGUUAAAUUAGUUGAUAUAUCUGAUAUGUAUGAUUGGGUUUACGUAACAAAAAAUGAAGCAGAAGAAAAUAUUUAUGAUGAAUUAGAAUAUUUGUUACUUGAAGAAGAAGAAGGUGAUGAAGAAAUGGUUAUUAUAAAAUCUAAUAAAUCUAAUAAUAUAGUUAUAGGUGAAUUAACACCAAAAGAAGAGAUACCAGAAUUUAGGUUUAAUAUAUCAGAUGAAAGAUCAAAACGUUUAAGUGAUAUUUAUUUAGAUGCUACAAAAAGAUUAAGUAACCCUUAUUUAGAAGAAUUUGAUUAUCAAACAAAGGAUGAAAAAUUAUUUUCUUUACUUCAUAAUUUAAAAAGAUAUUCAAAAUUUAGUAGUAGCGCUUACGAUUUUAAAACUGCCAUUAUUGGUAAAAUCCCUUUUCCACAAUUUCCAGUUAAAUCCCCAAUAUGGAAAGAACGUGGUAGAUUACAUAGGUUUGCAUUUGCCAGUAAUACCGAUUUACCAUUUGAUAGUAUAGUAGAUUCUUCACAUACAAAAGCACCAAAAAAUCCGAGUAAUUAUCAACCUUCUUAUUUCAUAAUAAGAGAUCAUACUACAGAAAGUAUUAUAUUGGCCCUAAGAGGUACCAUGAGUAUACAUGAUUUAAUCGUUGAUCUUACUUGUGAAUAUGAAGAUUUUCAAUUUCCUGAAGAUAUACAACGUGGUAUUGAAACGAAACAUAAAGUUCAUAAAGGGAUAUUUCAAGUUGCAAAAGGUCUUGCUGAACCUGGUAAAAGUGGUGUUUACGAAGUAAUAAAAAGAGAAUUAGAAGCCAAUGAAGGUUAUGGUUUAGUAUUAGUUGGUCAUUCACUUGGUGCUGGUGUUGCAAGUUUAUUAGCAAUAUUACUCGCUUCACCAAAGACUCGACAAACGACAGUAUGGUCAGGUCUCCCGCGUGGUCGUAGAGUACAUGCAUACUCAUUCGCUACUCCAUGCGUGAUGUCCGCCGAAUUAUCAAAAAUAGUACGCCCUCUUGUAACUUCUGUAGCUUAUGGUAAUGAUGUGGUUUGUAGAUUAUCAUUGGGUCAUGUUCAAGAUUUGAGAGAUAUGGUAAGAUUUUUGGGAUCUAAUAAGAAAAAUCAAGAAGGACAAGAGACAGCAAGUAAAGUUUUAAAGAAAAUAUUAGAUUAUCAAAGUAGAACAUUUAAUGAAAAGACUGAAGAAGGUAGAAAAGAGAAAGAAGAAUUCGAAAAUUAUUUUUGGAAAACAAGACAAGAUGUUUACAAAUAUAUGCAAAAUGAAAAAUUGUAUCCUCCUGGAAAAGUUUAUUGGAUUGUUGGUAGUGAUAGAAAACCAUAUUGUGAUGCUGAUGAUGAAGAUGAAGAACCGGAUGGGGAGUUAUUUGAAAAGAAAAGUAGUAAACAAUACAAUAUGGUGGAAAUUGAUGAUGUCCAACAAGUUUUUAGCGAAAUUUGGUUUUCUCCUCAUAUGAUGAUUGAUCAUUUCCCCUAUAUGUAUGAAAACGUGUUAAAGAAAUUAUGAAAAAAAAAUGCAAAUUGUAUUUUUUUUUUUUUUUAAUUUUCGA